AUCAACUUGUUAGUCUCUUUUGCUCUAUAAAUGCCAUCCUCUCUUUCGUUUGAAGCCCCCUUCCUCCUUCCUUUCUCCCUUUUAGCAUCUCUCUGGCACCGUUCCUUCUGAAUAUUUUGCUUACAUGUUUCCUGGCUCACAAAGCACCUUGUUUUGGCAUUGAACUGUAGCUAUAUUCUUCCAUUUCUAUUCUCCAGUCUUGAUCUUGGAUCUCAGUUUCUUGAAUCCAAAACCCAUUAAUAUUCUCCAUCUUGGUACAAUUCUUCUGUGCUGGGCUGGCGUUUUGAGGCUGCUUCAAGCAUCAAGUCACAAUCCUUUUCUUUUGGGUUUCUAGUGGGGGUUUUUAAAGUCUUAUCUUGAUGAUAAAUAUUUUGUUCUUGAUGUUUGAGAUUCAUGUCUCCAAUUCUCAGUGAAAUCUUCAUUACUGGGUGCAUGAUAAAUUCUACCUUCAGGCGCAGGACCCAUUUAGUUCAAUCAUUCUCAGUUGUUUUCCUUUACUGGUUGUAUUACGUUUCAUGAUUUUUGCUCAAAAUCUGAUCUUUAGACUAUAAUAUAAUAUACAUAAAUAUAAAGCUAGUACUAUUACUACUACUAUUAUCUGCAUUACUUUUGAGUUUGUUGCUAUUUGGGUCCUGCCAUAACUCUCUCUUUGUUGCCGUUCUUGUUUGAAAGUUGCAAACCUGUUUUGUGGGUCUCUCAUGGCUUCCUCUAGUGGAACAUCUUCAGGAUCAUCUUUGAUUCAAAACUCAGGUUCGGAGGAGAAUUUGCAGGCAUUGAUGGAUCAGAGGAAGAGAAAGAGAAUGAUAUCAAAUCGCGAAUCGGCGAGGAGGUCUAGAAUGAGAAAACAGAAGCAUUUGGAUGAUCUAAUGGCUCAAGUGUCUCAAUUGAGGAAGGAGAAUCACCAGAUUAUUACAGGCAUCAAUAUCACAACUCAGCGUUACUUGAGUGUUGAGGCUGCUAACUCAAUCCUAAGAGUUCAAAUAAGCGAGCUCAGCAAUAGAUUGGAGUCUUUGAAUGAGAUAAUCGGUUCCUUGAAUUCAAACAAUGGUGUUUUUGGAGACUCGAGCACCUUCAAUGAACCAGCAGCUGACAGCUUCUUGAACCCAUGGAACAUGGCCUACCUGAAUCAGCCUAUAAUGGCGUCUGCGGAGAUGUUUCAUUACUGAUCUGUUCUCGGGCAGAAGAGAGAUAGAGAGAUCUGUUUAGUAAUAAUCAAGCUUAAGAAAUUAUCACUCAAGAGCUGAUUAUAAUUUAAGUAGUUUGAAAUAAGGCAACAUAUGUAGAAGUCAUGGGGUGGGGAGUAGAUGGAUAUGUAAGAAAGAACAAAAGGGUUGUGGCUAGUUUGGUUCUUGGUCUGUAAAUGGGCUUGCGAGUUUUACAGUUUGAUGUAGUAGGGUUUCGCUAUUAUAGUAAAUGUAAUGGUAUUAUAUUUUUAACGAGCUCUUCUUCUUAUUGUUCCAA